AUGCCUGGAGGUAAUGCCGAGAAGGGGCAGCGCUACGGCGCAGCCUUGGACCAGGCGCGGAGCCUAGGGAACUGGGACGAGGUGCCCGAAUUGAUCAGAAAAGUUACAAAGCAUGCACCGCAAAAAACUUGCAUGAUACAGACCGCAACGGCCGAAUCGCGAGUGAUUGCACACCUUCGACAAGUGUCCACCGGUGAUGCCUCAUUGACGCCUAGCCUCGUCGAACUCAUCCCUGCUUUGUUGAUGACAAUCGAGAACAGCGACGGAUCGCCCCAAGAAUUAUUACAAGCGCAGGUCUGCCUGGGAUGGAUCCACUGGGUGUUGAAUGAACCCGGGCUGGCGGCAGCGCGUCUACCCAGAGACUUUGCUGCGACAGUUGAUAGCUUGGCGGGUGGUGGUGAGGAGCCGACUCCCUGGACCGAAGUCUGUUUGGUGAAGGGUUGCUACAUCAAGGCCAAUGCACAGUCCGCCGUUACGAAUAUCGACGAUACGCUGCGGACAUUUUCAUCUCUAAUUCCGUGGCUUAGUGGCGGCAAGCUAUCCUCAAUCACUACCCCUCAAUUCCUCAGUUGGUCGGAAUCUCUGCUGGGCAAAGGUGCUCUUUUGGCUAGUGAGGAAGCGGGCAGGGAUCCAAUCCGCUCGGAUCCCUCACAUGUGGACAUUGCUUUGCAAUUACUUCGAUCCUGGGCGGCUCAUCCUUCUGUGAAACAAGGAACUCCUGCGCCAUCUAAUGUGGAUGACUCCACACCGGCCUCUCGAACAUCCAUUUGGACCGCUUACUAUGCAUUCCUCACAACUGUUCUUCAAACGGGGCUCCCAUACACCGGCCCUAACGACGGACCGCAACGCCCUCAGCAGGCAAAUGAAUUACGUCGCGUAGAGACCAUCUGCGAAGGCAGUUUUCUUCGUGAGACCAAAUUCCCUACAGCUGAUUCACACAACUUGCAAGUCGAAGAGUGGAUCGAGCAAGUAAUCAGCAAUUGGGAAAUCAUGUGUGGCCCUGAAUGGCAAGAUUCAGACCUUGGCGAAGGAGGGCAGAAUGCUAUUGGCCGCAAUGUAUUGGAGAUUUUAUAUCGCGCAGCGACAAAGACCUACCAUUCCCACUUGGUACUCCGGCGUCUGUUCCAUGUCCAUUCCGCCUUGGCCGAAUUUGAUCUUGCAUUGAAGGCGCUCGAUUCAUAUAUUGAGAUUGUCACUGCUGCCAAAGAGAGGGCCGAGAAGUCAGCCGAGUAUGGUGAACUGGAGAAGGAUGAAACUUUAUUGCAGACGCUCUCUGAAGGCGUGACUUUAUUAAGUUGCCUGGGCUCCUUUGAGGAGGCCGAGAAAGCUCGAGACCUCACUGACAUGAUAAAAGAGUAUACUGAGAAACAUGACCCAUCUGUUGCAAAUGGUCAUGUCAACGGAAGUAGCUCUUUUAUUUCGCCGAUUAUCCCCCCUACGGUGCUGGCUUCGUCUUAUCGCGCCAUCGGUGUUGGUCUUGCAUGCUGGGCAAACUGGACUCCCGUUAAUGAAGCUCGCGAUGAGAUUAGAUCCGAGGCAAUUGACUAUCUUGAGAAAAGUCUCGCGCCGGAACACGGAUGCAGCACGAGCUAUGCUUCUCUUUAUACACUCGGCCUCGUCUUGGCCGAAAACAGAGAAUUGGACACUGCCAUCGACUAUAUCAAAUCGGCUUUGACCCCAAGCGGCUCACCUACAGCGGUUUCCGAUGAUCUUUCGAAAGAACGAGACCUCGUUUCUCUUUGGCAUUUGCUUGCACUAUUGCUGAGUGCGAAGCAAGAAUUUGAAAUUGCUGGCCGUUCGUGUGAAGCUGCGUUUGAACAGUUCCCCCGAGAGAUAUUCUCAAAGGGCAGUCGGGAUCGACGGUCAUCCAGACAUUCACAUAAUUCCAGCCAACGCCCGGUUGUCAGUCGAUUGCAAGGGCGGGAGAAAGAACGCAUUGUCCAAACCCGCAUCACACAACUCGCGUUCAUUGAGCUUUUGGAAGGCCCCGAAGCUGCUGUCAACCACAGCACACAGUUGCUGGGCUUAUUUGGAACCCUUUUCCAGGACCUCAACCUUGAGACCGGGCAGAACAAAGCCAGAAGUGACAAUCUCGUGCCACCAAAAAGUUCUGCUGGGACAGCUAAGAGCAUCCGCAGCAGUAUCUUCGGUCGAAGAAUGUCCCAAUUACCGGAUCGAAGUAUCAGCCAGCCUAACGGGUUCGACUCCUUCAUUCCACCCACACCACCUAUUCCCCCUGCCCACGCCUCGGAUGCCCCAGCGAUCCAAGUAACAGACGAAGAUCCUCUAAGUCGCCACGGAAAGCAAUGCACAAUUCAAAGAGCGGACUCCAAACGGCUAAAGAAGAAGCGAAGCUCGAGUCUCCAUAGGGGCGAGAAACCACGCGUCGAGGAGCCCCCGCUCCCUAAUGGAAUUGAGACAUCUGCAGAGAUGGUUGGCAUCGCAGUCUCUGGAAAUUCGACUCCGGACUAUGCAGUUCAACCUGUCAGGAGUCCGCAUCCAUUACCACCCAUCCCACAGCCCUUCGAUACCAGGAAAGAACCACUGGCGCUACUAGAUGUCCGUCAAACAAAUUCCCAGCGCUUUGACUCUCCUACAAACGCCGUUACAAAGUUCUCUUUGGUUCAAUCCCAGAAGCAAGCCUUGGGCUUGCUUGUCAAGAUCUGGCUUGUUAUUGCUGGACUUUAUCGCCGUGCUUCUAUGUUCGAUGAUUCCCGCGAGGCUUGUGAAGAAGCCUCGAAACAAGUAGCGCGAGUUGAGGCGCUUGUUGCGUCCAACGAAUCCUCCGCUCGGUCCUUUAGCAAGCGCGGCUGGGGCGCGUCCAAGAGCUCCGAAGAGCUGUGGGCUGAUGUCUUUGCGGAAAAGGGCCUUUUGUGCCAGGCCAUAUCAAACCCUCACCAUGCUAUCAGGCACUUUGAGGACGCGCUGCUGCGUUACCAAGAUCACCCGAUUGCUACGAUCGGGCUCGCGAAUCUUCUCCUAGACAUCUGGGACGAGACGCUCACACUUGAGCCCUCAAACGCGGACGUUGAUCUCAACACCUCGCGUUUGUCGCUGCUGGCAGAAACCCCCAAGCCCAAGUCUGCCAAGGCUAUCUCCACUGAUGACCUGAAGGUAUCACGGGAGACAGAAAACGCAGACCCCGCUGAAGAACCUUCGUCCGCACAGGAUAUUGAGCCCAAGCAGCUCCACCGUCUCGCGGCCCGCGAUCGUGCCUAUGGUCUUCUCUCGGCCCUGACAAAACUUGGUAGUUCUUGGGACAGUUCUGAGGCUUGGUAUGCGCUAUCGAGGGCUUACGAGGCUGGCGAGCAGAUUGAAAAGCUCAAGCAGGUGCUGUGGUGGUGUAUUGAAUUGGAGGAUCGACGACCAAUCCGUCACUGGUCGAACAUUGGUUCGGGUGUUUAUGUUCUGUGA